AUGGCGGUCGUCCUCGGCGCGCUCGCGCUCGCGCGCGCGGGCGUCGCGGAAGGGAACGAAGCGGGACACGGCGUCGUGCGGGAUGGAUUCGGUGGGUUGGAUAAUUUCUUCGCCACGCUCGACGAACGCGAGGUGUUCGCGGCGGCGAGGGAUUCCGACGUCGCGGUGGCGCUCCUGAUCCCGCACUGCGCGUUGUGCAAGAAUUACGCGCACGAAUUUCGCUUCGUGGCGAGCCUGUACGACGCGAUCGAUGCGAAGACGGAGAAGAAGACGGGUCUGACGUUUGUCGAGGUGCCGGACGCGAGAGAGACGCCGAACGUGACGGCGGCGUUCGGGGCCACGAACGCGCCGUUCGUCGCACUUUUGAAGCGAAAGAGAUGGUAUUACGUCACCGCUUCGGGAGAGACGAAGAUCAGGGCGCCGAAACGCUUCGAGGGCGAGCUAAACGCAAAGGAGACGGUGGAGUGGUUGAACUACGCGCUCGGUCUCGAGCCAGAGCGGCGGGCGGUGGUUCCGCCCGACGUCGACGAGCUCACGCUGGAUACCGUCGACGCGUACGCCAAGGAUGAGGAGUACGAUGCCGUGAUAGAGUUCUACGCCGAGUGGUGUGGACAUUGCAAGGCUUUCAAAAAGGAUUACGAACGCGUCGGCGCGCACUACGCUCGGGAACGGCGAGUAAACGGCGGGCGAGUGAAGAUAGGUAGACUAAACGUAGACAACGCUCGAUCAGCGGCGGCGAAGUAUAACAUUACCGGUCUUCCCACGGUCGUCUUAUUUAAGCGAGGGCACAAGGAGAAAGGGGUCAUUUACAAGGGCUCAAAAAAGACGUCGCAACGAGUGAUGGAAUUCAUCGAGUCACCGGGUGUGGCGCUCACGGAGAUGGCAUUUCGAGAUAUGGACCCUUGGAAGUGUUUCGCCUCGCUGCGCGAUGAAGGAUUGAUAACGUUUGAUGACACGCUGGAGAAGGCGGUCACGGGCGAAACGGUGACGCCCGAAGAGUGCGAUAAACUCGUUCAUCGAAUCGUCGCCUUCGCGGAGGAGCGCGGUAAUCGACAGCAAUGGCAUGACACGAUGAAAAUCAUGACGUGCAUGUCGAUGACGCCUCAACUCAAGAACACUCCGUCUGGUAACUCACACGCGGUCUGGAAUCUUCUGGAUAACGCAAAGUAUCACGUGGAGCAUCCAUCUGAGGAGGAACGCGAGCGUCGCGAAGAGGAGGAACAGUCGAAGGACGAAGACGCCGCGUACGCCAAGUGGAGGAUGGUGAACGGGGAGAUCGAUUGGGGCGCCGUUCGAAGAGAACAGGCUGAAGCAUGGAGGCGUGAGCGUGAGAAACACGGGUUGGAUCGCGCCGAAGUCGACGAGAUUCUCGAAGAGGAGGAAUGGUUUGAUUUCGCGUCCCAGGAUGACGGCGGAGCGAUUCCGGACGGGACGAUUCCGAAUCGAGACGAACUCUAG